AUGUCCCUCAGGAACAGGGCCUUGCGGCGGUCCCCGAGGGGCCGGCCCGGCGGUGCCAUGAUGAGUGGCUCCCUUCGUGCCCAGUGCCUGGAGCUUCAUCCCCAGUGUGCUGGAGAAGAGAAUUGGGUGGACAGUCGGACUAUUUAUGUUGGGCAUCGUGAGCCACCUCCAGGCGCUGAAGCAUACAUUCCACAGAGGUUUCCAGAUAAUAGAAUAGUCUCAUCAAAGUACACGUUUUGGAACUUUAUACCAAAAAAUUUGUUUGAGCAAUUCAGAAGAAUAGCUAACUUCUAUUUUCUCAUCAUUUUCCUUGUUCAGUUAAUUAUUGAUACACCUACUAGUCCAGUUACAAGUGGACUUCCACUUCUGUUUGUCAUCACUGUCACAGCUAUCAAACAGGGUUAUGAAGAUUGGCUGAGACAUAAAGCUGACAAUGCAAUAAAUCAUUGCCCUGUUCAUUUCAUUCAGCAUGGAAAACUGGUUAGAAAGCAAAGCCGAAAAUUAAGAGUUGGAGAUAUUGUAAUGGUGAAAGAAAAUGAAACAUUCCCAUGUGAUUUAAUAUUCCUAUCGAGUAGUAGAGGAGAUGGAACAUGUUUUGUUACAACAACUAGUUUGGAUGGUGAAUCCAGUCAGAAAACUUACUAUGCUGUUCAAGACACAAAGGCAUUUCACAAUGAACAGGAAAUCGAUGCACUACAUGCUACCAUUGAAUGUGAACAACCUCAGCCUGACCUUUAUAAAUUUGUUGGUCGAAUAAAUGUUUACCAUGAUAGGAAUGAGCCUAUUGCAAGGCCAUUAGGAUCUGAAAAUCUGCUUCUUAGAGGAGCCACUUUAAAGAACACAGAAAAAAUCUUUGGUGUUGCUAUCUACACUGGCAUGGAAACCAAGAUGGCAUUAAAUUACCAAUCAAAAUCACAGAAGCGUUCUGCUGUAGAGAAAUCAAUGAAUGUAUUUCUUGUUGUAUACCUCUGUAUUCUCGUCAGUAAAGCAGUAAUAAAUACUGUUCUGAAGUAUGCCUGGCAGAGUGAACCAUUUCGUGAUGAGCCAUGGUACAAUCAGAAAACAGAGCCUGAAAAGAAAAGAAAUUUGUUUCUUCAAGCUUUUACAGAUUUCCUUGCAUUCAUGGUUCUUUUCAACUACAUUAUUCCUGUCUCCAUGUAUGUCACUGUGGAAAUGCAGAAAUUUCUUGGUUCUUAUUUCCUUGCAUGGGAUGAGGAAAUGUUUGAUGAGGGUACAGGUGAAGGACCACUGGUGAACACUUCUGACCUCAAUGAAGAGUUGGGACAGAUUGAGUAUGUCUUCACAGAUAAAACAGGAACAUUAACUGAGAACAAUAUGGAAUUUGUAGAAUGUUGCAUUGAAGGGCAUAUUUAUGUACCACAUGUUAUCUGCAAUGGCCAAAUCCUCCAUGAUUGUACAGGCAUUGAUAUGAUUGAUUCAUCUCCAGGAAGUAGUGGAAAGGAGAGAGAGGAACUAUUUUUCCGAGCUCUUUGUCUCUGCCACACUGUUCAGGUAAAGGAUGAUGAUAGCGUAGAUGGUUUGAAGAAAAGCCAGGUACCAAGAAAACCCUGUAUAUAUAUAUCAUCAUCACCUGAUGAAGUUGCUUUAGUUGAAGGAAUACAGAGACUUGGUUACACCUAUCUAAGGCUGAAAGAAAAUUACAUGGAGAUCUUAAAUCGGGAAAAUAACAUAGAAAAGUUUGAAUUACUGGAGGUUUUCAGUUUUGAUUCUGUGAGACGGCGAAUGAGUGUAAUUGUUAAAUCUCCAACAGGUGAUAUAUUUCUGUUUUGUAAGGGAGCAGAUUCCUCCAUAUUUCCUAGGGUUAAAGAAGGUAAAAUUGACCAAGUACGAUCCCGAGUACAACGCAAUGCAGUGGAGGGACUGCGAACGUUGUGUGUUGCAUAUAAGAAGCUCUCAGCAGAAGAAUAUCGCGAGGUACAGAAGCUGCUUCAGAGUGCAAAGCUGGCCCUUCAGGAGCGGGAUAAGAAAUUGGCAGAAGUGUACGAGAAGAUAGAAACAGAUUUUAUAUUACUUGGUGCUACAGCUGUUGAAGAUCGGCUACAAGAAAAAGCUGCUGACACUAUUGAAGCACUCCAGAAAGCAGGAAUUAAAGUUUGGGUUCUGACAGGAGACAAAAUGGAGACUGCUGCAGCUACUUGCUACGCUUGCAAACUCUUCAGAAGAAAUACACAAAUACUUGAGCUAACCACAAAGAAAAUUGAGGAGCAGAGUUUACACGAUGUGCUUUUUGACCUAAAUAAAACUGUCAUAAGACAAAAUGGCAGCUUAACCAGGGAUACCUUCUCAGGACUUUCAGCUGAUACUCAAGAUUAUGGUUUAAUUAUUGAUGGAGCAGCAUUAUCAUUAAUAAUGAAACCAAGACACGAUGGGAGCUCUGGUAACUACAGAGAGAUCUUUCUUAAUAUUUGCAGGAACUGCACUGCAGUGUUAUGCUGUCGAAUGGCACCUCUGCAAAAAGCACAGAUUGUGAAGUUGAUAAAGUUAUCAAAAGAACGUCCUAUCACAUUAGCAAUUGGUGAUGGAGCCAAUGAUGUCAGUAUGAUUCUAGAAGCACAUGUUGGUAUAGGAGUCAUUGGCAAAGAAGGUCGUCAAGCAGCAAGAAACAGUGACUAUGCAAUACCUAAAUUUAAACAUUUGAAAAAAAUGUUGCUUGUUCAUGGGCAUUUUUAUUACAUUAGGAUAUCUGAACUUGUGCAAUACUUCUUUUAUAAGAAUGUCUGCUUCAUUUUUCCUCAGUUUUUAUAUCAGUUCUUCUGUGGGUUUUCACAACAGACUUUAUAUGAUACUGCGUAUCUAACACUGUACAAUAUCAGCUUCACCUCCCUUCCUAUCCUCUUGUACAGUCUAAUGGAACAACAUGUCAGUCCAGAGACACUCAAGAGAGAGCCUUCCUUGUACAGAGAUGUUGCCAAGAAUGCUUUGCUGCGCUGGCGUGCAUUUAUUUAUUGGACAUUCCUAGGAGUGUUUGAUGCUGUGGUAUUUUUCUUUGGUGCCUAUUUUUUGUUAGACAACACAGUUGUGACCAGCAAUGGACAGCUAAUGACAACCAGCACUCACAUGAUAUUUGGAACUUGGACCUUUGGAACAGUGGUGUUUACUGUGCUUGUAUUCACGGUUACAUUUAAGCUUGCAAUAGAUACACACUAUUGGACGUGGAUAAAUCACUUCGUGAUCUGGGGAUCACUGGUAUUCUACAUUGUCUUUUCUCUACUCUGGGGAGGAAUUAUUUGGCCUUUUCUCAAUUAUCAGAGGAUGUAUUAUGUGUUCAUGCAAAUGCUGUCCAGUGGUCCUGCGUGGCUGGGUAUAAUUCUGCUCAUAACUGUCAGCCUUCUUCCAGAUGUUCUGAAGAAGGUCUUAUGCAGGGAGUUGUGGCCUACAGCAACAGAAAGAAUCCAGAAGGCAUCAAGGCACUGUCGGGAGCACAUCUCAGAAUUCACACCUCUUGCCUGUCUGAAAAGCCCAAGAUACAGGAGCAGUGACUGCAGCAAUUCCCCAGCAAGAAGGUCUAAUUCUCAUUCUAAAAAAGUGAUGUUUACGCAGUGGAAAGGCAUUGAUUAUUCAGUACUUCCAUCUGUCUUUGGCUAUUCAAAUAAGCAUUGGCGUUCCAGUGCAGGCUACCACUAUGGUGGGUCAGGUUUGGAAACGUCCAUAUGA